ACCUCCAUAUGCACACAUAAACACACAAAAAAAGUUCUACACAUGCAUACAAUAUUCAUGAAUAGUAGAUAAGGGUGUGUAAUGGAAAAUAAACAGAAACCUAACUCGCCCCAAAAUCAAACACCAUUUUGUAUAGCAUGGCAGGUGAGCUGCCCACCCUAUACUUCUUAUCAGGGCAGCAGGUUGCCUUAGCACUGAGGAGAAGGCUAUGACAUCAUAAUAAGUAUAAACGGUAAGGAUUUCUUUUGUCCUCCCAUUUGCGCUGCUGACCGUGAGCUCCCACAUUCGCCAAGAUCUACAACCUGCCACGGACCAAGAGUAAGUUUUCUAAUAUAGCAAAAAUAUUUUAGAGGAUAUUUUGAAGGUUUUAGGUACACCAGAAGGGAUUUUAACAUUUAUCAGAUACUUAGGCACUGGUUUAAGUGUUAUGCAUAUGGUAUAUCUCUUAAAUACAACUAUCAUGUCUAAAUAUUGAAGCCUAGUAGGUACCAUACCAUUUUAGACAUUAGAAUGUUUAUAUGUUAUGUGUGUUUGUGGCAGUGAUGACAUAUCAAACUGAAGUGAUCAACACACAGCCUCAGGUGACAGUCACCAGUUAUACUGUCUCCACGGGUUCCUCUGACUGGAGCUCCAAUCUCUGUGACUGCUGUGAUGACUGUGGCAUCUGCCUCUGUGGCACGUUUAUCCCCUGCAUCCUGGGUUGUAAGGUGGCACAGGAUCAUGGUGAGAGCUGCUGCCUACCCUUUCUGCCUGGAUCAAUGAUUGCUUUAAGAACCAGCAUUCGUGACAAAUUCCAGAUCAAUGGGUCUAUCUGUGAUGACUGGUUGGUUAUGACCUGCUGCACGUUAUGUGGUCUCUGCCAGAUGGCUCGGGAACAGAAAAUGAGGGGCUGAGGAAUCCAAAAGGGCCUGGUGGCUUCUUGAUUACAAAAUUUCCUCUUCUGCAUAUUAAUUUAUGGAUAAAUAAUAACUAGUAAUAGAAGUGCUUUAUUGUAGACUGCCUUGUACAAUAUUAUUUUUAGGCAAUGCAAUAAUAAUAAUCAUAUUAUUAUUAUUAUUAUUAUUAUUAUUAUAGAUAAAUGGUGACUAGCCAUUUCAAUAAAAUAUUUGUUUUUGA